AUGGAUGGCGUCCCUCUUGAUGAUUCUAGCCUGUAUCAUCAGCUGGCGGAAAACCUGAUCUACCUGAUUGUCACUCGACUUGACAUUGCUUAUGUUGUUCAUGUCGUUAGUCAGUUUAUAUCUGCACCUCGGAUGACUCAUUAUUUUGUUGUUCUCUGGAUUCUUUGGUACAUCAAAGGCACUCUUCUUUAUUAUUCAGCGUAUUCGUCCUUGGUAUUGACCGGUUAUUCUGAUCUUGAUUGGGCGAACGACCCUACCGAUUGCCGCUCGACCACUGGUUUCUGUUUCUUUCUUGGCGAUUCACUUAUUUCUUGGCACAGUAAGAAACAAACAGUCGUCUCUCGGUUUAGUGCGGAGUUCGAGUAUAGAGCUUUUGUCGAUACCACUUCCGAGCUUCUGUGA